AUAACAAAGUAUUCUUUUGGAGAGGAAAAAAAUCAGCACAACUCAACAAUACAUUGAAAAAGCCUGAAAAUGUCUAUCGUGUGAUACCUGUAGACCUCCUAUUUCCAUGAAGAGACAGUGCACUUUUUGCAUGAAGCCCUGGGAUGUUGCAGUGACUCAGCGGUGACAUUCAUGGCCAUUUGAAAAAGAAUGACCUGCUCAGCUACAUUGCAGAAGGAAAGUGAGCAAAUCCAUGGGACAGAAUGGUUUCAAUUCCAGAAUACUAUGAAGGAAAGAACGUUCUACUCACAGGCGCCACUGGCUUCCUGGGGAAGGUGCUUCUCGAAAAGUUACUUCGGUCUUGUCCUAAGGUGAAUUCAGUGUACGUCUUAGUGAGGCAGAAAGCUGCCCAGACCCCGCAGGAGCGAGUGGAGGAGGUAAUCAGUGGCAAGCUUUUUGACAGACUGAGAGAUGAAAAUCCACAAUUCAGACAAAAAAUCAUAGCAGUCAGCAGUGAACUCACACAACCAAAACUGGCCCUUAGUGAAGAAAACAAAAAUAUGAUCUUAGAUUCUACUAAUAUCAUAUUCCACUGUGCAGCCACUGUCAGAUUUAAUGAAAAUUUAAGAGAUGCAGUUCAACUAAAUGUAAUUGCUACUCGACAGCUUAUUCUCCUCGCAAAGCAGAUGAAGAAUCUGGAAGUGUUCAUGCACGUAUCAACAGCUUAUGCAUACUGCAAUCGAAAGCAUAUCGAUGAAGUGGUCUAUCCCCCUCCUGUGGACCCCAAGAAACUAAUUGAUUCUCUAGAGUGGAUGGAUGAUGGACUUGUAAAUGAUAUCACUCCCAAACUUAUAGGAGACAGACCUAAUACUUACAUAUAUACAAAAGCCUUGGCUGAAUAUGUUGUACAGCAAGAAGGGGCAAAACUGAAUGUGGCAAUUGUAAGGCCCUCAAUUGUUGGUGCCAGUUGGAAGGAGCCUUUCCCAGGAUGGAUCGAUAACUUUAAUGGACCAAGUGGUCUCUUUAUUGCUGCAGGGAAAGGAAUUCUUCGAACAAUGCGUGCUUCCAACAAUGCCCUGGCAGAUCUUGUUCCUGUAGAUGUAGUAGUCAACACAAGUCUUGCAGCAGCCUGGUAUUCUGGAGUUAAUAGACCAAGGAACAUCAUGGUGUAUAACUGCACAACAGGCAGCACUAAUCCUUUCCACUGGGGUGAAGUUGAAUACCAUGUAAUUUCUACUUUCAAGAGGAAUCCUCUCGAACAGGCCUUCAGACGGCCCAAUGUAAAUCUAACCUCCAAUCACCUUUUAUAUCAUUACUGGAUUGCUGUGAGCCAUAAGGCCCCAGCAUUCCUGUAUGAUAUCUACCUCAGGAUUACUGGAAGAAGCCCAAGGAUGAUGAAAACAAUAACUCGUCUGCACAAAGCUAUGAUGUUUCUAGAAUACUUCACAAGUAAUUCUUGGGUUUGGAAUACUGACAAUGUUAAUAUGUUGAUGAACCAGCUAAACCCUGAAGACAAAAAGACAUUUAAUAUAGAUGUGCGACAGUUGCACUGGGCAGAAUAUAUAGAAAACUACUGCAUGGGAACUAAGAAAUAUGUAUUGAAUGAAGAAAUGUCGGGUCUGCCUGCAGCACGGAAACACUUGAACAAGUUGAGGAACAUACGUUAUGGUUUCAAUACUAUCCUUGUGAUUCUGAUAUGGCGUAUUUUUAUUGCAAGAUCACAAAUGGCAAGAAACAUCUGGUACUUUGUGGUUAGUCUGUGUUAUAAGUUCCUGUCCUACUUUAGAGCAUCCAGCACUAUGAGAUACUGAAGAAAAGAAUUUAGCAUUAGGACAUCUAUGCAUAUGGUGGUCUUAACUGCACAAACCCUGUACUUAAGUUAUCUCACUUUUUGUCAAGACGUUAAACCAACUUAGAUCUGGAGUGUGGAAUAAGUGACAGUACAUUUUAUGUAACAUUUAAAUGUGUUUACUCACAGAAACCUAGAAAAUAAACGGGUGGAUGUCGGCUCCAACCAAUAUUAGCCAAUUUUAUGAUAACCACACAAUCAAGGCUUCACAUUUUUAUCCUGGAAGGGUGUUUUGGGUAUGGGAGAACAAGGAGGGAGGAACAUGGGAAAAAAUUAGGACCACUGACCAAUAUAACUGUGCAACCCUGGAAACACAUCAAUUGAAAUCUAUGCCUUAACAGUGAAUUUUUCAUUGUAAUUUUAACCUGAAUGGGAACAUUUAUUUGGACGUAGAUAUUGACUUAUUUGUUCAAACUAAAUCUUUAUUUUUCUUUUCCAUGGGAAUGUUUUAGUGCUAUAUAAAAUCUUGUCUAAACUAUGGCACACUUUUAUCCUUUAAGUUAUUGAAAAUUCUCAGAUAUGAAUGUGAUGGUGUCAUUUUUUUUUAAAUUUUUUUUUCAGUUGUUAAGGAAUUGAUUCAGUUAGUUUACUUAAUUUUAUUAUUGAAAGGCAAUUUAGCCAUAUGUUCCACUUGACCUACAGGAUUUGAUGGAUUUCAGAAUUCGUAUAUUUUUUGAUGUAUUUUUGAAGGGAAAUUAAAAACAGCAACACAGCAGAGCAGUCAAAAUAUUAAAAGGAAUAGAAAUACCAGCUGCUAAGUUUUUCCAUUUAUGGAGGAUCGUGAAAUUAGUCCAGUAGGAAUCUCUUGAACUUUUGAAGCCUGAAGAUUUCUUUAGAUUCUUAUUAUCCAUGCCUUUCGUUCACCCCUUUUAUAAAAUUGUCUUUGUAGAAUUUUUAAGAUAUAUACUUUCUUUCCAACAAAAACUGAAUGUGCAUUAUGAAAGAAUGUAUUUGUGAGCAGUGAUGCCAUCUACCAGACAUACAGAUGUGUGUAAGCAUAUACUACUUUUCUAACUUGCAAGCUGAAUUCCUUCAAGAAAAAAAAGAAUAAUGCUUCAAAGAAUAAUGUGUAUUAAAUCCAAAUAAAGGAGUUUAUUAACAUACCAUGUUUAAUAGCAAACUGUUGACGGAAUUUGGAGAUACUGUCUAUUUUCUGUGCAUGUGGUUUUAGCUUUAGGGAGAAAUACAUUUAUAGAAACUUCUAGGGAUAAGAAAGAGUUGAAGUAUAUUUUAAUGACAUUAUGGUUUCUCUUUAAAUCUCAGUAGAAUGCUAUAUUAUACUCUUUUAACAUAACUUUCAUUUAACAAUUUGUUCAGCAUAACACUGUGUUCAAAUUAAAAUGAUCACGUUGUACUGUAUUUAAAUCAUCAGCAAGGAAUCUUUGAAUAUAUUUAAAGAGGUCAAUUCACAACACAAAAGAAUUACAUAAAAAUCAGCACCUUGGUAUUUUCUUUGUCAGUUUCAAACCAAUGUCUGAAAAGCUUAUUUUGUUAUUGUUGUGAAAAGCUAACUGUAAAGGAAAACACCUUCUUUUGUGUAGGUGUAUAAUCUUGAGAUGAAAAAUGCUUCCAUGUUGAAGCCAAACAUUCUGUAGUAAAAACUUUAAACAUCCUUUUAAAAGAUACUAUACACACACACACACAUACACACACACACACACACACACACACACACACACACACACCACACACACACACACACACACACACACACACACAUAUUCAUUAUUUGAAAUGCUAUUUGCUUUCUGGUCCAGGACCAUACCUUUUCAAGGUGUGAGAGACCUGAACAGUGUCUAAAAUGGAAGAAAUGACGGUUCCUGUGGUUUUAACUGUUCCACUUAAUUAAUAUUCCUACUGUAUGCAUUAAACCACCUCCCUGAAUGUAUUCUGGUUGUAUUGAAAAUAUGCUAAUAUGGGUAUGAUUUAUGGUUUCUGUGAAAUAUACCUAGACUCCUAAGAUCUAUCUUUGUAUCUUGUAUGUGAACUUGGAGGGAGAAGCAACCGCUCCAUAAUUAUUGAGUGGAGCAGAGCUAUGCACGUUUUAUGUGUACGUAUGUACAUACAUAUGUACGUGUGUAUGUUCAGCUGUUUCAUUGUUCUCAUUGUAACCAUAACUUUUAAAAGUAUGUCUACUUCUGAAUUCCUCUGAUUGUAAGUCUGGGAGGUACUGAAGCCCCUGCACUAACUUUCUCUGUUGAAAACUCUGCUUUUAAAGGAAGGCUGUUAAAUAAAUUAACUGUGAAUCCGUGCAUCAUUGUGGAGCAUAAAGAUCCUUCAUCUUUGCCCUGGAUAUGACCUUCCAUCCUCAAGGGCAGACAAAUGCUCUGAGAGAGAGUUGUAAACCUCUCCUGUGCUUUGCCCCUUGUUGGGUUGUGGAUUUCAGUUCUGUCAUAGGUUACUUUCUCCCUUGACUUGACCUCUUUGGGGUUUUUUCCAUCAUUAACAUUAGCACAUACUUUCAUUCCACAUGAGCCAGUUGCUAAACUUGUUUUUCAAGAACAUUUUUUUCAUUCUGGGAUCCUUAUAAUAUUGUUUUGGAGUCUGGCAUUUUAAAUGUCAUUGUGAUUGUAAUGAAUUAAUUUUGAUACAGAAAACAGUCAUAUUCCCCAUAAUUAACAAAAACAAAGAGCACAGCAAAACCUUCUCUUAAGUAGGAAUGGCUUUAUGAAAUGAAUAGUCAUUGAGUCUGUGAUGAUAGAGCUUGGAGUGGGAGGGGGAAGUAUUUCUCUCAAGACGGUGAUUUUGUACCCUUCCUUUUCUGUUCGCCUGUUGUAGGGAUAGUUACCUAGAAUAAAAAUGUAACUCAAUACUCUUUUAUAAGACUUAAAUAGAAGCGUUAUUGAGUGCCUUUUGUUUGUAAACCAAAAAGAUUAAUAAACAAAUCCCUAUAUUUGUUGCUGUA